AUUGCACUCAGUUGAAGCUGGGCUCUGGAACAGAUCACUAUGAAAUCGUUUGCAUUGAUUGCACUGGCUGUCUGUGGCGUUAUCUGCGUCGCUGCGGAACCACAACACACCUACGACGGUCGCAACGGGCCGCAUGUCUUCGGUUCUCCGGGCAACCAGGUCUAUAUAAGGGGCCAGAAUGAAGGCACCUACAGCGUGCCGGGAGUGGGUGGCCAGUUCGAAAACGCUCCUCAGCGGGGUGAGCAUGUGUACACCGAUGAGGCGGGCAACACGUUUGUUAACCGAAAGAACGUUGGUGGACCAGCUUCCCACACCAUCAGUGGUCCCAAUUAUUCCGCCCAAAACGUAGGUGCCAAUGGUGCAAAGAGUGUGGGAAUUCCACAACGCGCCCGUCGCAGUCCACAGUUUCACGUAGAGCGUCCCGGUCGCACUGUUGACGUUGGAAACGGAGGAUUCUACAUUCAGCGCAGCCGGCGCAGUCCACAGCUUCAUGUGGCACGUCCAGAUCGCACCGUAACCAUUGGCAAUGGCGGCGUCUAUAUUCAACGCAGCCGCCGCAGUCCGCAGUUCCGUGUGGAGCGACCAGAUCGCACUGUUGAUUUCGGUAACGGUGGCUUCUCCGCUCAACGUUUCCGCCGCGGAAUCAACGAUGCCCGCGUCCAGGGUGAGAACUUUGUGGCUCGCGAAGAUCAGGCAGGAAUUUGGGACAACAAUGUCUCCGUUUGGAAGCGUCCGGACGGACGCACUGUCACAAUCGAUAGAAAUGGUCGUACCAUCGUGUCCGGAAGGGGACGUCCCGAUCAGAUCUACUAAAACGGUUCCAAAUAAGUGUAACUUUAGAAUUUAAAAUUCGAUUAAUUUGAGACUAUGUAUAUAGCAACAUAAAUCACAUGAUAUCUGAAUACAAAAAUAUCCCAAAAACUA